CCCCGUCAAAAUUCUAAUUCCCGACCCACAAAAAAGCCAUCCAUCGAUAAUUCCCCUGUCGAUCACUGUGUUGAGUGUUAGUGACAGUUUACGUUCGCCGCGAGUGUUCCGAAAGUUGUACGUUUAAGGAGAAAAGUGCUAAAGAAAACCGGAUUUUUCUGGAAUAAACCGCUUCUAACCAACCAGUAAUUGUGUAGUGUCGAGUAUGGGCGGAGAUGGCGUGGCGUAGUGCGAUGGCUGCGCCGCGCGUCGUGCCGCUCGUGAUCCUGGCCGCCGCACUCGUCACGGCGACCGCGCCCGCGCCUACUCAGGACCCUGUGCAGUUUGAGGCCGCUUUCCAAGGUCGUUGCGGGGAAGGCAGCCCUUGCGAGCAGCUAUGUCGCGAGCUGCACGACGGCACGUAUGAGUGCGGCUGCGGCCCGGGGUACAUACUCCAUGUCAACGGAUACGGUUGUCUAGAACUGAACGCAACUAAGGCGUCAGACACAACAGACGACGAAGAGGAUGUCCUCUACCAGAAGGACGUCUCGUUCUCAGCGGAACUUGAAGUAGCACCGUCCAGUAGAAUAAGUGAUACCAUAAGAGAAACCAGACUUACCACUACACUGCCCAAAGUUGACAAAAAACUAAACCCACUCAGAACAACCAAGCCGAGCUAUACUUACACUGGAGAAAGGUCGAAAGAAGCUGACGGACUGAAGAGUCUUUUAGAAGAUGGCGUUAGUAAAAUUGAUUUGAAUAUCAUUGCUGAUGAGAAAAAGGAGGGGUUUGAAGAUGGUGAACUAAAGGUGACCACGCUUGGGCCCAGCUUAGAACAAAAAGUCCCUGGAGCGACAGUGUCUCCUCCCUGGACGGCGGCAGUGGACAACUGUGAUUGCACCAGUUGUGACGGCGCAAGAUGCUCUUGCCCCCUUUCCACCAGCAAGUGCAAAACUGACUCGAAGAUCUCGACGCCACGCUUCUCAGGCUCGUCGUGGCUCGCGCUGCACGCAUUGCGCGGCGCGUACAAACGCGUGCGGCUGCGCCUGCGCGUGAGACCGGAGCGCGCGCGCGGCGUAUUACUGCUGACAGGCGAACAUGACGACUUGUCAGGCGAUUACUUAGCGCUGUUACUGAGGAAUGGACAUGUUGAAUUGAGGUUCGACUGUGGUAGCGGCGCGGGCGUCCUACGGUCUCCGGAGCCAGUCAGACUUGGCCACUGGAACACCAUCUCUGUGUACCGCCACCGUUGGGAUGCCUGGCUACGGCUGAAUAACGGGAAGCGGGUCCGAGGGCGGUCUAAGGGCCUUUUCUCCCGAAUGACGUUCCGCGAGCCGGUAUGGGUCGGCGGCGCUGGCAACACCACUGGUCUGCAGACCAAGCUCGGUUUGUCGGACGGUCUACUCGGCUGCGUCGACUUCCUACGAAUCAACGGAGACACGUACCGGCUGAUCAAGGAUGCUGUAGCCACAUUGGAUAUCGGUGAAUGUGCCCCAACUCUUGCCCCUUGGAGGCCAACCAACGAAGUAACGACAAGCGAAGCAGUCCCAGUCCACCCCAACGAUAUUAACACACACGCCAUAUACGACAUCAACGACAUAGUUCACUUUGAAGACAACGAUUUGGUCAUGCGCGACGCAAAGAAACACGAUCACAACAUGCUUGACAAUUCCGUUGAACAGUUCAAAGUCUUCACUGAUAUUAAUAAAAUACAACUUAAUAGUAAUAGUAAGAGUACAGGAGUAAAUAUUGACGUAGAAAAUGAUUUGAAAAGUGAUGAUCCAAAGACGAUGCAAACGGAUUUAGAUGGAAAGUGCGAGUGCCAACAUGGCGGCGGUUGCGUAGGAAAACUGUGCUUAUGUCCGUUGGGCUACGCGGGUGAAAAAUGCGAGAUCACUUUGGAUUUAAAGGUUCCUCGUUUCAACGGCUCAUCGUACCUUCGUCUACCGGGACUGGGCACCGCUGCACAAGCCUGGUUGGAUAUACAGAUCACCCUGAAACCCACCAGUGGAGAUGGACUGGUGUUGUACAACGCGGAGCACGCGAGUGGAGAUGGUGACUUCUUCUCACUCCACCUGCGCGACUAUUACGUGGAGUUCGCCUUCGACCUGGGCUCGGGGAUUGCUUUAGUCAGAUCAGCCUAUACACUGGAGCCUAACACAUGGCAUCGCAUAUCAGUGAGUCGCUCGGGUCGUCGCGCGUCGCUGCGAGUGCGGUCGAUGUCGAUACACGACGCGACAGACGCUACGCGAUCAGUCGUGUAUCGGGGGCCGGCGCGACAUCUCACGUUGAAGCAACCGAUGUUGUUAGGGGGGGCGCCGCAUCCGCUGCCGCCCAGACUGGCGUUGAGGAGGUCUUUCAGUGGGUGUGUUGGACAAUUGGUGAUAAACGACGAGGAGCUGGCAGUGGUAUCGACUGCUCUUGGCGGCGUCAAUGUGGACAAUUGUGAAGAACCACGGAACAACUCUUGCAGUGAUAGAAACCUCUGCAAGGAAACUUUGGAACCGAUACCUAUCUACCCUCACAACAUAUCAGUAAACGACAUCCACCACUCAAUAGUCGCCAAAAAGGGUUUCAGAUCAAAACCCCACAAAUCCAAACAGAAGAAACACUCACAACACAUCCACAUGGAAAAGUACAAGAAGAAGUUUUACGCCAUAAAGAAACACCAGUAUAUGUCGGACAUGGCCAGAAGUAACGAUAUAGUGACGGAAGGACCAGGUUAUGAUGGACAAACGUACAUGCAAGUGAAAUAUUUGAACGAGAAUGAAAUUAAUUGGGGCGACACAAACACAUAUCCUAGUUUUAUUGGAAAGGACAGCUUCAUUCAUAUUGAUGAUGAAGAAACUAUGAAGAGGUUACUAAGCUACACGCUGGAUAUAAACAUCAGGUUCCGGUCGGUGUCCCCCAAUGGGCUGCUGGUGUGGAGUGGCCGCGCCCCCCUGGCUACUCCUGGGGACUUCCUGUCCCUCGCUGUCGAGAACUCUGUCCUUGUGUUCAGAUACGACCUCGGCAGCGGCGAGGUGGUCAUCAUAGCCAACCACACCAAAGUCGACGAUGGUCUGUGGCACAGAGCACGAGCAACAAGAAACCGCCAAGCAGGUGUUCUUGAGGUAGACGGCCUGGGUUCUGUUGGGAAAAUAUCGCCUGGGAAGCUAAAACAACUCAACACCGAGAACGGACUUUAUAUAGGUGGUUUGCCUUCAAUAGAAGUGAAUACUUCGGGCAAAUACAAGAGCGGCCUCGUGGGUUGCGUCUCGCAGAUAUCCCUGAGUGGAGACUUCGACAUACCUCUGUCCUUGUCUAAACUCCCUCACACGAUCACCAACAACGUCGGAAGGUGUACACCAUAAAAGUGGGCCUUUCAUUUAAAUGAACCCUCAUAGUUCAUUUAAGUGAACAAGUUCAUUUGUUAUUAGCGCUAAAGAUGACGGUUCACUUAAAACGAAAUUCGAACUCAUUUCUUAUUUCAUUUUUAAAUGAGUUCUUCUCUUAAAAGUUUUAAAUGAACUGUCUUACUUAUUGCGUGUAGUGAUAGGUGUGUUUUAAUUAAUAGACUCAUUCAUUGGUUUAUUAAAAUAAGUUCGUUUAGCAUUUUUUGUUUGAAUUUAACAAUGAAUGACCAAUUAAUUUAUAUACUCCGUACCUACAUAUCAAUGUAAAAAUUAUAAUAUCGGAGGCAAUAAAAUAAUAACAAUAUUAUGAAAUUUUACACUUUUUAUAACAUUAAUUGCCAUCAAUACAAUUUCAAAUUGUUUCAUUUUGAAAAUGAAUGAACAUAUAAAUACUCUAGUCAAUUUAGUAUUAAGUCACUGUGAACUGCGACCUAUGGAUUCCUCUGUCUUGGUAUAUUUCCUUCGGUUUCUUUACUUUCCUUUUAAAUGAACUUCUUUUAAAUGAAAAAACCUAUCUCUUAGUUUUUGUACGAACGAUGAAAUAACUUUUCAAAGUGCUUUACUAUCUAGUAGAUAUGAAAAAAAAACUAUUUGUAAUGUUAUAUUAAAUUAAUAUUAAAUUCUAGAUGUACGAGUGGUUUGCACGCGUUCCGAUUUCAUUUGUCAUUUUGAUUUGAUAGAUAAUCACAAUUUGUUACAAUCGUGAGUGUAUUUUAUAUAAGUAGUUCAAUAAACGCUUUGUCAUGGAACGGGUAUUUACUUAGCUUAUUUACAAAACUUUGAUUUCUUUGGAAUCUUUACGCUUAGCAGUAUUUCCAGUAAUUUUGUCCUGUAAACUUGAAUCCUACAGAUCACGCUACAGAAACGAGAAACAACAUCCUUAAACGUCACAUUAGCAUUAGACUCUGAAUGAAAUUAACACUGACGAGAAUUAAUUAAUUGUGAAUCAUAUACAUAGUAUGAUCUUUUCCUCUUGCAAAAAUUGUCAAACGUAUUUUUGUGACACAAUGGAGUCUUGUACUAGAUUCAAGAUAAAUUAUGAUUAAGUACUAAAUAAAGACAAAUCUAGAACUAACGAAAAUCAUUUUUUUCCUACUUAACUUAUUUAUGAAUUUUAAUCAAGAAACACGUAAUAAGUCGGACAUUUUAUAAUGUUUUACUAUGACGUCACAGUGUACUUUUUCAUACAAAUUCCAUAGUAAUUUCGUGAUUCUACGUUUAGUGAAAAGUAACUGAUUUGACUAGUUGAAAACUAGCCUUUUUAUAUAUAGUAGCAACUCUAAUACAUUUUUAAAACUCAACCUUGCCCGAGACGUUAGAGAUUUGGAAUCUGAUAUAGAAAAUGGACCUCUUGGGUUUUAAAAUAAACCUUCUGUAAGUAUAAUCAUUAAAAUUAUUUUUUCAUUAUAUUUUUCAUUUUUAAAGUUAGAAUCACGACGCAAACGAAGUCGCGGGCAGACAUCUAGUAUUUUAACCGACUUCAAAAAAGAAGAAGGUUAAGUCUAACAGUAAAUCAAUUCAAUGUCUAUUUAACUAAUUAUAAUAUGACUAAUAAAUAUAUACUUAAUUUGACUAAUAACAUUUAAAUGUUUUAAGAUUUUUGGAAUGACUUUUGAAUGUAUAGAACUUUAUGAUUUUAAAGGCUUAAUUUAAAGAAAAUUUAGAGAGAGAUUCUGAAAUAAGGUUUCCAAAAAUCAUAAAACAAUAUAUUUAAUUUAUUUUUAUUAUUAUUGUGAACAAUGAUCUUUUCUGUAUUUUAGUUAGUAGAUACCCUUUCUAUGACACUGGACACAAGAUAAAAUUAAUAGCAUUUGUAUAUCAAAGUUUUCAUACGACUGUGAAUUAGAUGAUUGUAAGUAGCUAGUUCAUGAUACCAUACGUACUUUACGAGCGAGUUUAACUGCUUCAGAAAUCAGAAAUCAUUUAUUCGCUUAGGAUAGGUACAAAGUUCUGAUACCAAUGGUGCCUAUUCGGACGGACACAAACUUAACCUAAUUUUAGUUUGCUAGCUCUUAAACUACUGCCGUCCUUCACUUACAAUACGUGCAAGAAAGAGAAGCAGCUAGUUUUAGUACUGUCAGGUUGAACUGUCAAACUAAAAUCAGGUUAAAGUGUGCGCCCGAAUAGGGUCCAAUAUCGCUCCCCAUUUACUCGGCCAAGUUAAGCAAGUGUAUAAUAAGUCACGUCAAAAACAGCUUUGUUUUCAUUAGGAUUUGCAAAAGACAGAUAAUUGGUUACAUGACUCUUCUACAAGUUGAGGUAUAUGUCUAUAAAUGUUUAGGUGAUUUUUUUCUCUUAGAGUUGACAACUUAUUAGUAAGAAUGUCACUAAACUAUGAUGGCUCGACCAUUAUAGACAGCGAUACGGCUGAUACGAUACCUAUCACGUUGGUCUAACAGGAAGCUCAGUGAGGUGUGGGUACUUAGUUUAUCUUGCAAUGGAUGUACCUUUCUCUACCCCAAAUGGGAUAUAGUCAUGAGCUCAUGUUAUGUUACUUAACUACGGCAAAAGAUCGCGUGGUCGCUCACCAACUAGAUGGACUGAUCAAGUGAAAGACUCGUCAACAUCCAAGUUCUACACAGUAGUAAGGGAAGCGCUGGAUAGGAAACGGUGGAGGCAGAUCAUCCGUUCCAGGUGCAACCCUGAUGCUGACCACGAUCCUCAGAUAUGAGGGACCGACCCAAGAGAGAGACGGCUGAAAUGAAAUUCAUAACUUGUAUAGACAAUCUUGAUUCUUGGAAAUCUGAAAAUAGUCUUAAGAGAUUCGCUCGUAAAGUCUGCCCCACAAAUAUUAUUAAUUGAGCUUUUUAUACCAUAGGUAAGUGUUAAGCUCUGAUUUACACAUGCUUCGCUUGGAGAUGUUCCCAAGAUGAUAAAAAUAUUUUAGCACCACUCUAGUCAAUAAUCAUAGAAUAUAUUUAUCUGGUAGAUAAUUUUAAAUGCGCUUUAUAUGUAUAAAAUGGGAUAUACCUAUCCGAUUUUAGAGGAAUAGGUGCUCUUACACGAUGUAUGUUCAAAAAUUUGAUAGAAUUGUCGAUAUAUAAAUACUAAUCAAAACUAAUCAUUAUCUUAUCAAACUAACUUUCAUGAACAAAUAUCAUUAUGUACAGCCGAGUAAAAAAAUAAUAAAAAAACUUUAUGGCAUAAAAACUAAGACUAAGGCACAGAAGACAAAAUGAUAAAUUUGACCUUAUCGGUAUCCAAGCAACAAUCUCAACUAGUGACCUUCAAGAUGAUUGGAAUGCGGUCUACGAAGGGUCUGUUGCAAGUUUUUAUGCUCCGAAAAUUCAUGGGUCAGUAACGAUAUCAUAAAACAAUGUAAGUGCUUAUUGUAUUAUGGCAGCCAAAUAGGAAAAACACCGCCUUUUUGCUAGGCUGUACCUAUUACAAAUGAAUAUAAGUACUUCAUACUUAAAUUACAAAUUCAGUUUUGAUUACAUUAAGUACACAUAGCGCGUCUGAAAUAUAUUAUAAAUGCUAUUAAAAAUGUAUAAAAACUCAUUAGUGUUAAGAGCAUAAAUUCCAUUUAAAAUCUCAAAAUAUAUUUUCUCCCUAUGAAUCCUGUUAGGGCUUCAUUUUCACCAAUAAUUUCUGUCAAUUAUAAUAGUAUAUUUAACAUUUCACAGGGUGUGGAAAUUAUUUACAUAAUUACAUAUCUUCAUGUUAAUUUUGAUGAUUGCAAAAUAAUUAUUUGGCGUGUCUAAAAUAUGGAAGCUAGUAUAUGUUCAUGUGAAAUUUCUUUUCGUGUUUUAGAUGUACCUACACAACACUUAUAUUCGCGUUUGUAAGAGCACAAUAAUUUAGCGCAUAUCAAUUGUACUUUCCAGGCUACCUCACAAACAAACAACAAUAUAGGUGGCGCUGUAGAGAUGAAUAACAGACAUAUGCAUCUCUUAUCUUUGUUUUUGAGUAAUAAUGAUGACCCUUUUCACAACACAUCUUCCGCCAUUAUUUGGCUUACCUAAAUAAAUAAUACACCCAGGCUAAUAAGAUACAUUCAAGAAAGAUAACAAGUUAAUAACUCAAAUAAUAAUCUAUAUAUAAAAAAAAACAUAUUUCACAGUUAUUUUACAUUUUACCUGAAACCUGAAAAAUGUGUUCAUAAUAUUUCUCUAUUGCCUAUCUGUCCAAUAAGUUUUUUUUCAUUGAAAGAAGCUUAUAAUAUGCACUCAAUAUACGUUAAAUAUCAAAUUAUUAUCAACAAAUAUCAUUUUAAAUGAAAUAAUUAAACUCUGACUGCUUUUAUAUGACUUUUAAAUGAACUUAUGACGUCGCGUCGAAAAUUUUAUAGAUAUUGAAAUAACCAAUGGUGAGGGGUCUUAUUUUUGAAUCGGUCGCCUUCAACUAGCGUGCGAAAAUAUCUAAUACCUAUCUCAACUUGCAAAUGACAAGUUUUGAUGUGCUACGUGAAAUUGGUAUGUGUUUAUUGAUGAGUAUUCAUUUAAGGCGAGCUAUUCACAAAUAGGUCUAACUCAGAAGGCAAAGAAAAUCGCAAUUAUCUUGUGGUAACUAUAACUUAGAUCAGCCUUCUAAAAUAGAUAUCAGCAGUGUAAAAGUUAUCACCCGGCCUUCUUUCUUCUGACUUUAUCAGUAAGUUUAAAUUUAGAAAGAAUUGGCAAAUAAAAUAAAGAUUCAUUUUCGCCAACUUAACAAAAAUUAAACGAACUCACACACAAAAGUUCAUCACCGCAACUUCUAUUAAAUUUUUGAUAGCGACUCUAAAUUUAAGUUACGUAAUUUAAUUAAAUGUAGAACUACAUGUGAAAUACGAAUAGCUUGAUUAGCGUUAGUUUUGUAUGUGAAACCUGUCCGUUGUAUUAUACGCCGUUAUUUGUACAAAAUUAUAUCAAUAAAAUAUAGUAAAAAAUG